UCUCAAUCCCCUCGCUAACAAUCUGACUAUGAAUCACUCCAUCCUACCUCUCCAGUGCAGUUCCGUAUCACCAGCUCUAUCUCUCUCUCUCUCUCAGCACCCUCCGACGAAUCAAGGCAAGAUAGAGCACAAUACCAUUACUACUGCAAAGGAAUAAGCUUAUACAUUCCAUUUUUGGCUGUUUGUUUUGUUUCUGCUACUGUUAAAUUAGCAGAUCACAAGUGAGUGAGAUUCUUUAGAAAUGAGAGUAUUCAGCGGAUGGCGUCGUUUCCUUUUAUGCCUUCCUCUCAUUUUCUUCCUUCCUCAUAUUUUUUCUGUUUUAGAAUUGCAGCAAACUUCAACUGUAGAAGAUCUGCACAAAAAACAAAGCAAGAAAUUUGAUCAUCUUGUUCUUGGACCUGCUGCUGGUGAAGGUUUACAUGAUCGUCUGCAAUGCCAAGGCAUUAAAGCUCUUAACAAGACCCAAUUUUCAGCUUCCGCUAACAAUUUCAAUUUUGGAGAGAACAUUGCCUUUAUCACAGUCUUCACCACUUACAAUUCCUCCAUUGAUAGGACAAUCAAUGGUAAAUCGAGAGACUUGGUUACUGUUGGGAACACUUCAUACAAUAAAGUGGAGAGGUCAAUGGCCAUUUUGAAUGUCUUUAUUAACUUCAUUCAGGCGACAAUGCCCCAAAGCAACAUAAUUAUUCUUACUGAUCCAGCAUCUAAGCUUCCGGCACACAAAAGUCGGGUCACUCUAUAUCCAAUUCAAGGUGAAUAUUCACGAGACAAGUUGAUGCUUCAAAGAAUCAGGUCUUACAUUGCCUUUCUAGAAACAAGGCUUGAAGAGCAUUCUCAGUGGCAGGGGCAUAUUAAUCAUUACAUCUUUACCGACUCAGAUGUGGCAGUAGUGGAUGACCUAGGACAAAUAUUUAAUAACUACCCAAAUUUUCACCUGGCUCUCACUUUCCGGAACAACAAAGAGCAACCCCUGAAUUCAGGAUUCAUAGCCGUGAGAGGCACUCCUGAUGGAAUCCGAAGGGGAAAGGUUUUCUUACAAGAAGUACUGAAAAUAUACAGUUCCAAGUACAUGAAAGCUUCCCGAAUGCUUGGAGAUCAAUUGGCUCUUGCUUGGGUGGUAAAAUCUCAUCCAUCCUUCAAUGCAAAAAGGUUUACUAAACCACAAGCUUUUCUGGAAAAAAUUGGUGGUGCUUCAGUGCUCUUCUUACCAUGUGCUAUUUACAACUGGACACCUCCAGAAGGUGCAGGUCAAUUUCAUGGGAUGCCCUUGGAUGUUAAGUUCUUGCUUUUAAUCUGGGAUGCAGGUUGUUCAUUUUAAGGGGUCAAGGAAACGUCUUAUGCUCGAGUCUUGGAACUUCUUUAAUUCUUCAUCUUCUGACAUUUCAGAUAUGUUAUGCCUCAUCUUAAGUAGUGGGAGGGCGAAAUAUGAUUUUUAAAUUCAAUUUCAUAUGGUUCAUUAGCCGGCGUGUAAAUUCAGUGGAGGGAACAACCCAAUUCAUUUCAACACGGAACUAGCUGGCAGUUUAUUGUUUGUAGGAUAGGCCUAUGAAGUCAAAAUAUCUUCACAUUCUUUGUCAACCAUUGUCAACAUUGUUUUUCCCAAACCCAUGUUGUGUAUUUGGCAUUGCUUACUGUGAAUGUUUUUUGAUGGAAAUAAAGCAGAAGAAACUCAAAUGGCUAUAGAUGUGAAUCUUACUUCAGUUGCUACAAAAAACAGAAAAAAAAAAAAAA